AUGUCUACCUUAUCGAAGGAAACAAAGGGUUUAGAACACGAUGCAGGAUUCAGCCACGAGAUGUUCAAUGGAAAUUUCCGUCCCUUUAUCCCUUUGUCUCUUUAUAACUACGUCUCUCUUGCUCUCUCAACCGCGCAUCGUCCUUUCGGUACCAAGCCUUUGCAUCAAAGAAUGUGGAGCAUUGUCGCAAGUCCGAAUACCAAGAUUCCUUUCAAAGAUUUGUUUCCUGGAGUCGUCGGAGGCCGGCGUCGUCUCACGAUACAUCAUGCUGCACUGACAAACAAGCUGAAUGAGUCCAGCUUCUGUCGUACUACCAUAAGUGUGGUCAGAGAUGAAGUGCCAGGCGAUAAAACACUCAAGCAACCGCUUGUACUUUGCACCCUGGUUCCAAUGGUUAUAGAGCAAGCGCGAUUGGACUACACCCUCUUGUUGGAUAGCCAAGCAGGAUAUCUUCUCGCGGAGGGACCAAAUCCCGUUAAUAUCUCAAUGGAAGCGGCUCCUUCAGAGAAUGAAAUGGUUGGCGUUACUGGUCAUGAUAAUGCGAAGACUCAUCCGCGACCUUCUACUUUCACUUCUUUAUCUCUGGAGACAGCGAACGGCCCGAGUGUAGACGAAUCUGAAUGCUUCUUGGCAUCGAACCAAGUGCGUCCACCUCUCCGUCAACAGACAAGCUCAGAUGAAUCUAUGCGCGAUCCACGCCUCCGUUUACGAUCAAGCUCACAUCAAUAUGGCAAGUCGACUCUCCUUUCAACAGAACAUCAUCGGCUGCAACCUGAGUCUUCGUUGAAAGAAAGGGCAAACAAUGAAGGUCCUAACUACGCGAAGACUCAAUCGCUUUCCUCCUUAAGGUCUUCAAACAAAGAUUCCUCUGCAUUGAACCCAGUACAAGAUCGUCGACUCUACUCACGACAGAGUCCAACUGUUGAAUUUGGUCGGCAUGAGACCCCAGCUUACCGCCGAUCAUUCUUUCAGACACGGUAUUCAACUUCUAACAGUAGAUCAUUCCCGCCAGACAGACCUCGGUACCGCCGAACCUACUACAGAAAUCUUUGUUAUCCUAAUGACCGCACUCCGAUGAAGAAUAGAAAUGGAAACCGUGGAGCACCAGGCCCCUCUAGAGUAUUGUUUGCAGAGCUACAACUUUACAAUGCAGAUGGCGUUGAUCGUACUUCUGAUAUCCUUCUCCCCACUAUAUUGGCACAUCACGUCCUAGAAUCGACAGUAACCAUGAUUAACAAGACCAUCACCUCAACAUUUUUUCGACUGGUCUCUCAGUCGCCUCCCGUCAUUUAUGCAGACCGGCCUUUAGCUUCUGAAGUCGUUCGAGUGCUAGAAGUCAUGCAGGUGAUGACUUCUCAUCUUUACGAAAUACCGUUCUUCCAGGUCCGCUACGCCAUCGUGGAACCGGAGUGGACCCAAAUUUGGCGGUGGUUGAUGGCUCUCCUUAAGCCACUCGACGAUUUCGUACCUGCGUCACCCACCUCGAAGCAGCUUUCGCUUGCUACUACCAGUCGCUGCAUGACGGAAGUCUUUUCUUUGUUGGACUCCAUCGCAUCUCCUGCCCGGAGUACCCCCGCCGAAUUCAACUACUUCGUCAUUAACAUAAUGAAUCAUCCCAAAACAAUACCAGCAUUGGCGAAAGCCUGGGUAGUCUCUUUCACCAGACAGUGGUCGUUAUCUGUCUAUCACCCAGUAAUGCAGUUUCUAAUUGCGUUCCGUUGCACGAUUGAGGAUACUCUUUCCGACAAUUCUUUCCAUCUUGCUGUGCAGACUGCCUAUCCCGAUUUCCAGUUACUACCGACGUGGUCCAGUGCCAUUGAAGACUUAUGUGGACAGCAGGUGCCCUCCUACUCUUCUAAUCCCGAACUUCGGCUUGCGACAGCAAAUCGAGGAAUGGUUCUAGCAGCAACAACCUUGUUCUUGCAGCCUCUUCCAAGGCUCGAUGAAAUUCACAUCUUCCUCAAAGGAGUGUUUGUUCUAUGGACCCGAUGCCUUGACACACCCCGAUCUUAUAAUGCAUAUUUGGAAAAUGUUUGUUUCAUGUCUGUCUAUUGUUUCGCUAGGUUUUCUUCAAGACUUAUCAUCACGGGCGGUCCAAACUGGAUCGUAAAAGCCCUUGAUGCUAAAUUAUUAUAUCUGUUGGCCAAGACGUUGGCUUGGAUGCAAAUCGGGCCCCAGUCGAAGUCAGAAUCAUCGAUGUUCGAAAUUGCUGAGGAACUGGUAAACGCGCUGCUCAUCCAUUCAGUCUAUAAACCAGUUCAGAAACGAAUCCGUCGUAAUUUGAGGGAGGUACGAUCUGAACGUCUCGAAGGUCAACUGGGUUCCGGAAGUUUGUCGAGGUUGUGGGUUAAUUUAACGCGUGAGGUUCGUUCUCCAGACGCACGCUAUGCCAAUGUCACCUCCUUUCGAAAAGCGUUAAAAGAACUCAUGUAUUCGAGCAAUACCCCAGCAUCGUCCCCGAAGCGAGUUUCGACUACUCAGAACAACUUAGAAGAGAACUCCACUAAAGUCCGAUUGGUGUCUGUGUUGGAUACCGACGCUCAACGGGCGGAGAUUCAUAAACUACAAAUACAGCUUGCCCAUCUAGGAACGCGACACAAUAUACUCAUGCGAGCUUUGACCGAUCACUCUCCAUCCUUGCCACUCGAAGUAAAACAAAGAGAUCAGGCAAUGUCGAAGUUUCAGUUGGAGAACUUGAUUGGGCCAUCGUUCGCGGUGGAAGUCAUUUUAUAUGACCUUACACAAACGGUACAAUACUUGAAGGGAGUUUGCCAGGAACCAUCGGCCAGUUCUGUAGACAAUGAUUCGAACUUGGCAUGUGUCUCGCCUAAGAUGGAGACAGAGCUGCAGAAAUGUCGUGAUGACUACGCGAAACUCAGAGCGGCAUAUGAGACUUCUUUGGCGGAUAUUUCUCGUAUGAUCAAUGAGUCAGAUGUGAAGACAAUUGCGAGCAAAAUCCAUGGUUCAACUUCGUUAGGCAAUAGUAGCAUUCAAAUUUCACCAAGUAUCCAAUUGCAACCUGUAGAGGAGGAUUCUGAGUCCAGUGCAACAAAUGAUCUGAAACGAGACUCCAAUGGGAAGCUACAGCAGCUACUGGAAGCCAAGAAAUACAUUACUCAGCUCAAGAAGAUAAUAGACGGCUACGAAACUCGAGAGGAUGGACGAGAUGAGCUCGAAAACCGACUUUCCCUCGAACUCGAUAUCCUCCGUGAAGAUAUGAAGAAUCUAGAGGUCAGCGCUGAGGUCAUCCAGUUUGCCCAUGUUCAAUCAUUCAAUGAAUUCCAGAACUCUCACCAUAAGCUCGAAACUGAUUUGCAAUCUCGAGAGGCAGAACUACGACACUUGCGAACCCUUAUUCUUGCACAGAAUCAAAUCCAAGCGCUUCGUCAAAAACUUUCUAAUAUGCGGGAAGAGAGGGUGUUGAAGAGCCGAUUCGAUGAAUUACAAAGUGCCUACGAUGAACAAUUUGAUCGGCUUGAAAAACUCCAAGGAACGUUUCACGAUAGAGACGCAGAAUUGAAAACCACUACUAGUACACUCCAGUUGACAGAGUCUCGUUGUGCAGAAUUGACAGAUGAACUGGCCGUUACCUCGAGCCAUAGCAAGGCAAUGGAAAAUCAAAUUUUGCACUUGCAAUCAGAGUUGGCACGUCUCCAAGCAGUUGGAUUGGCCCCUCCUGUGCAAUCUAACAUGGCUUGGACACCUACUCCGACUAGACGUCCUGAUAUCACCGUCACUAUCGUGGCUCACCUUUUCCUCCAACUACAGUUCUCUUACUCCUUACCUGGAGUUACCCCCGAUUCUUCACCAUUUGGAAUGAGUGUAGGUGCCUUAGAUGCUAAUAAAGCUUACAACUGUCCUCCUAUAUGGGAAAACCCUCGGGGAUCUCAGACUCCACCUGGCAAGCCAUCUCAACCCAAAGCUGGCUCCACUUCCCUGCAAGAUUUCCAAUCGUCACAAUCAUCCGCUGUCCCCGUCGCUCCGUCGCAUAAUGAUUCGACGGCGAUACCCUUCGGUGGUCUGAAGAAAGCUCUUCGUCAUGCUCCUGUUGCACAUCAUCUAGCCACUAGAAGAAAGUAUGCUCUGACAUUUUUGCCUUCGGCAGCAAAUUCUCCCCAUAGAAGUCAUUCGUCAUCGUCCAGAGUCUUCUCCAAAAGCAAAAAUUCUAGAUAUUCUCAAGCCCUGUCUGAUGAGGACAAGGAGGAAGAGCAAAAUGACGCUGCAGCUGUCGCGACGAGUGCAAACCAAGGAAAGGGAAAAGCCGCAACUGGGCUCACUGGGGUCAAAAGUAAUCGUUUCACGAACACUGCACCUUCUAAUGCAAAGAAAUUUCGGCCUGCAAACGACCCGUCUCAGCAAAGUGAUGGCUCAAACGGCUCAGAUGACCCGCACGACGACGAUGAUGACGAAUCCGAUGAACCGAGCUACGAUGGUGGCGAUAGCGACGACAACGAUAACGAUAAUGACAGUGACAAUGACGACGAUGAACAGGAGAGUAACAAACGUGUAAUUGCGACCAAGUGGAAACUGAAACAUCUAGUCAAGCCUUUCGACGUAAAAAAUAACCUUAAUCAUAUGACUCGAGAUCUAUACCAGAAGUCUUUGAACAUCGAAGACAAUCAUGAUGUCCUUCGCGCACAAUUUCCAUCGACACCGGAGGUCCGGCUCACAGCAUUCUUCAAUGGCAUGGAUGCAGCAAAGCCCAUGCUCGUUAAUACGACACUUCACUGGCGAGGACUCACAAUCCAGCAGAUGCGGAAAUCUCACUGGAACAAUGCGCUGCAGGAAAUGCUUUCGGAAGAAGCUGAAAGGAUAUUUUUGGCACACAAGGAUGGGCGGUUUGGAAAAAAUCGAGUGAACUUUAGGGCCCUCUUUCAAGCAAGAUUCAACAAGCUAUACCGCCUAAUCGAGAACUUCCGGUUCCUUCCUGAUGAAACGCCACUUCAGAGAGCAGAUCGGAUCACCGAGUCGAGCGAACGCCAGAGAUUGUCUACAAAGUCUUCAGGCCUUCGCCGUUGGAAACUUGAUACUCGCUUGAAGAUCGCAACUAUUAUGGUCCAAUUCUGUCAGGAUGGGGGCGAUGAAUCAGGAGUAACAUUUUGGUCAUACGUUGUUGAUGCUCUGCUAGUGUUGGGAGAUGGUGGCAUGUCGGACGAAGACAGUGGCGAUGAGGAUGUGGUAAUCGACGGGGUCAGCACCAAACAGGACGUGAAGAGAGUGAAGAUUCUCUGGUUUCGACAUGAAAGUUUCGCCCCAAUAUUACAGCAGGUCGACGAGACGCCUAAAGUUGAAUUGAAGAUCUUUACCCAACAGGGACGAUUAUCUGUCAAGCGGAUUCGUUCAAACGACGUUGUUGACAAGCGGGACCCACCUAAAGGCUUACCGCAAGACGUAUUUCGCCCAGAAUACCUGGAUGAAUUGUUCCCUCACCAGAAAAAACAAUUUCGAAUCUUGACCAAGAAGCGGUUCCCGAUCCCAGCCAUGGACUAG